AGGGCCGAGACAUGGACCUGACAUCGCUCAGAUCCACCAUGCCAGCCAGCGGCCCGCUGCAGGGGGCUUCGGCCUCUAACUUGAACAUGAACCUGUACGCCACCAAGAAGACAGCAGCUGAAGGCAUGCUGGACAUCGCCCUGUUCCUGGCGAACAUCACACACAUGAAGACCGUCAUCGAACAGGGAGCUGGGUACAGGUACUACGCUGCUGUGCUGACGCUCAUUUCCUUCUCCCUGGUUCUUCAGAUAGUAGCCGGCGUCCUGAUUAUCAUAAUUGCCCGCAGGGACCUGAACGUGGCGUCCAAUCAGAGGCGACUUGACUACCUGAACAACGUCACCACAGGCGUCAUCUUCGUCACCACAGUGGUCAACUUCUUCGUCAGCUUCUUUGGUUCCAAGCGGACCGGCUUCUUCCGCUGGCUGCUGGCCCGACUCCACUUCUGACACAUGCACGACCACAAACACAUGCACAUUCACUCAUGCACGCAGCAACCAGCACAAACUUUACUACUGUACAUUUGAUCUGCA